CAUUGACUCAGACAGGGGGUUCAUAGAAGAACAGGUGAGAGUGGCGGGGGGGUAUUCCUUGACCAGCUGAGGGUCAGCCAAGGGCAGGAAAGGGGCUGGGCACCAUCAGGGAAUUGAAAGAAGCUCUCUGUGCCUACAGUGCGGGGAGUGGGCUUGGAGAAUAUGGCAAGAGCUGAGGCUGGAGAUGUAAGCAGGGGCCUUAAGUGUUGUUUAAGGAGCCUGAGUCUUAUCUCCUGGGCAAUUGCGAGCCACUACGUAGUUUAAAGCAGGGCCUAACAUACAUAUGUUUGAAAUCUUUCUCUGGCUGAAGUCUCGAGGAUGAAUUGGAAGUAGAGGACCAACUAAAAAGUUGUUGCAGACACUAAGGUGGUGUCCUGGGUUAGGUGGGAGGUGAUGGAGAAGAGAAUAGGCUAGUGUUGACAUAUACCCAGGAAGCAAAACCAUUAGGGCAUGAUGCUUAAUGCUUGAUUGGAUUGAUCACAUAGAUGACUAUGAGGAGGACUGACAUAUUUCAAUCUAUGAGCAUGGUAUACCCAUCCAUUUACUUAUUUUUAAUUUUUUAAAAUUUAUUUUUUUUUUUUUUUGAGACACGAUCUCACUCUGUUUGUCCAGGCUGAAGUCCAGUGGCAGGAUUUCAGCUCACUGCAGCCUCAACCUCCUGGGCUCAGGUGAUUCUCCCACCUUAGCCUCCCGAGUAGCUGGGACUACAAGCACAGAUCACCACACCUGGCUAAUUGCAUUUUUGUUUUUUAGUAGAAACAGGGUUUCGCUAUGUUGCCCAGGCUAGUCUCAAAUGCCUGGACUCCAACAAUCCACCCACCUUGGCCUCCCGGAGUGCUGGGAUUAUAGGCUUGAGCCACUGUGCUGAACCCUGUCCAUUUAUUUGGAUCUUCUUUAAUUUCUCCCAGCAAUAUUUUGUAACUUUAAGCAUACGUUUCCCACUUGUGCCUAGGUACUUUGUUUUCCAAUACUUGUAAAUGGUAUUGUAUCUUUAGUUUUAUUUUCCAAUUGUUUUUUGCUAAUAUAUAGAAAUGCAUUUUUUGGUAUAUUAAUCUUGUAUCCUGUAACCUUGAUAAUGCAUUUAUUAGUUCAUAGUGUUUUUUGCUUCUUUUAUUCUUUUCUGGUAAAUGCCUUAGGAUUUUCUUUUUCUCCCGACUCCCCGCCUUCCUCCUCUUCUUUUUCUUCUGCCUUAGGAUUUUCUUUUCCUUCUUUCUCCUCCUCCUCCUCCUCCUCCUCCUCUUCUUCCUUCUUCUUCUUCUUCUCUUUUUUGUUUUUAAAUUGAGACAGGGGCUCACUCUGUUGCCUAGGCUGGAGUACAGUGAUGCAAUCUUAACUCACUGUAGUCUCAAACUCCUGGGCUCAAGCGAUCCUCCCACCUCAGCUUCCCAAGUAGCCAGGACUACAGGUGUGCACCAUCAUGCCUGGCUUAUUUUUAUAUGUUUUGUGGAGAUUGGGUCUUGCUAUGUUGCUUGGGCUGGUCUUGAACUCCUAUCUUCAAGCGAUCUUCUCACUUCAGCCUCCCCAAAUGUUGGGAUUACAGGCCUGAGCCACUGUGCCAAGCUGAAUUUUCUACAUGCAUGAUUAUGUCACAUGUGACAAUAGGUAGUUUUACUUCUUCCUUUUCUAUCUGCUUUUUUUCCCUUGCCUUAUUUCCUCUGGCUGGGACCUCCAAUACCGUUUUUAAUAGAAGUGUGAGAGCCACUUCCUUUGUUUCUGAGUAUAGUGAGAAAGUUUGGUCUUUUACCAUUGUCCAGCUUGAAGUUUCCUAUAGUUUAUCUAUAGGUGAUCUUUAUCACAUUGAGGAAGUUCCCUUCUCUUUCUAGUUUGCUGAGAGUUUCUAUCAUUCAUGGAUGUUGCAUUUUGUCAAAUAUUUUUCUGCAUCCAUUGAGAUAAAUAUAUACAUUUUACCAUUUAUUCUAUUAAUUGAUGUUCUAAUGCUAAAAUAAACCUUUUAUUUCUUGCAUACUUUUUCAUGAUGUGUUAUUUGUUUUAUAUAUUGCUGGAUUUUAUUUGCUAAUAUUUUAUUAGGGAUUUUAUGUCUAUGUUUUUGCAUGAUAUUGGCCUGUAGUUUUCUUUUCUUGUAAUAUCUUUGUCCAGUUUUGGUACAGGGUAAAACUUGACUUAGAAAAUGAGCUGGCCAGUGUUUCUCCUUUUUUCUGAUGUGGUUAAGAUUGGUAUUAUUUUAUUCUUAGGUGUUUGAUGGAAUUCAUCAGUACCACCAUCUGGGUGAGGUAUUUUCUUUGUAGAAAGUCUUCAAAUUAUGAAUUCAACAACUUUGGUAGACAUAAGCUUGUUACAUUUUAGUUUUCUUGUGUACAUUUUGGCAAGUUGUGGCUUUCAAUAGAUGUUUCCAUUUCAUCAAAUGGUCAAAUGUAAUUUCAUGAUGUUCUUACUAAUAUUCUUGUAUUCUUCUUCUGAUGUCUGUAGGGUUUGAAGGGAUGUCUCAUCUUUUAUUCCUGAUAUUAGUAAUUUGUGGAUUUUUUUCUUUGAUCAAUCUAGCCAGAGCUUUAUCAAUUUUUUUAUCUUUUCAAAUAACCAAUCUCCAUUUUAUUGAUUUUCUUUUUUUUCCCCUAGUACAUCAAAUUUUCACUCUUUCUUAUUUCUUCUGCUUACUUGGGUUUCAUUUGUUGUUGGUGUUGUUGUUUUCUAGAUUCUCAAAGUGGAAUCUUAGGUAAUGAUUUUACACCUUUCUUCUUUCCUAACGUGAGCACUGAGAGCUACAGAUUUUCCUCUAAGCAUCACAUUAACCUUAUCUCACAAAUACCGGUAAGUUGCAUUUUUAUCAUCAUUUAGUUCAAAGUAUUUUCUUAUGUCUCCUUGAUUACUUCUUUGAUCCCAGAGUUAUUUAAAUGUGUUGCUUAAUUUUCAAAUAUUUGGGCAUUCUUUAGGUGUCUUAUACCUUGUUGCUAUUGAUUCCUAAUUAAGCUCUGUUGUAGUUAGAGAACAUGUUCUGUAUAACUUAAAUCUUUUGAAUUUUAUGGAGGCUUAAUUUAUGGCCUAGCAGAUGGCCUAUUUUGGAAAAUGUUCAAUGUGCACUUGAAAAGAAUAUAUGUUCUGCUGUUGUUGGGCAUAGUGUUCUAUAAACAUCAGUUUGGAUAAGAUGAUUGGUGUUGCUCAGGGCUAUCAUAUUCUUACUAAUUUUUGGUUUACUUGUUCUGUGAGUUACUGAGAUGAGGGUGUCAUAAUAACCGAUCACAAUCGUGAAUUUGUCUGUUUAUCCUUUCAGUUCUAUUAGCUUCCUUCAUUUUUUGGAUUCUUUGUAAUUAGGUACAUACACAUUUAGAAUUGUUAGAUAUUCUUGAUGAAUUGACCCUUUUUUCAUAUGAAAUAUCCUUUUUUUUUUUUUUUGAGAUGGAGUCUCACUCUGUCAACCAGGCUAGAGUGCAGUGGCGCAAUCUCAGCUCACUGCAACCUCCACCUCCCGGGUUCAAGUGAUUCUCCUGCCUCAGCCUCCUGAGUAGCUGGGAUUACAGGUGCCCACCACUGCGCCUGGCUAAUUUUUGUAUUUUUAGUAGAGACGGGGUUUCACCAUCUUGGCCAGGCUGGUCUCAAGCUCCUGACCUUGUGGUCUGCCCACCUCAGCCUCCCAAAGUGCUGGGAUUACAGGCGUGAGCCACCAUGCUGGGCCAUGAAAUGUCCCUUUUUUAUUUUGGAAUAUUCCCUGUACUAAAGUCUACUUUGAUGUUAAUAUUUCUAUUCCUGCUUUCUUAUAAUUAAUGCUUGCAUUUUAUAAGUUUUUCCAUUCUUUUACAUUGUUUUCAUUCUUUUACUUUUAACUUUUCUUUAUAUUUAAAGUAUAUAUCAUAUCAGGCAGACAGCAUAUUGUCAUUUCUUGUUUUUUUUCCCCUAAGACACAGAGUCUCCUGUCGCUCAGCCUGGAAUACAGUGGUACCAUCAGGGCUCACUGCAGCCUCAAACUCCUGGAUUCAAGCAAUCCUCCCAUCUCAGCCUCCCAAGUAGCUAGGACUACAGGCAUGUGGCACCACACGUGGCUAAGUUUUUAACUUUUUUUUUUCUUUUUUUGAGACAGAGUCUUGCUCUGUCACCCAGGCUGGAGUGCAGUGGCAUGAUCUCGGCUCACUGCAACCUCCACCUCCCCGGUUCAAGUGAUUCUCCUGCCUCAGCCUUCUCGGCUCACUGCAACCUCCACCUCCCCGGUUCAAGUGAUUCUCCUGCCUCAGCCUCCCAAGUAGCUGGGACUACAGGUGCCCGCCACCACGCCCGGCUAAUUUUUUUUUUUUUUUUUUUUUAGUAGAGAUGGGGUUUCACUGUGUUAGCCAGGAUGGUCUUGAUCUCCUGACCUCGUGAUCUGCCCGUCUCGGCCACCCAGAGUGCUGGGGUUACAGGCAUGAGCCACUGCACCCGGCCUGUCUUUUUUUUUUUCUUUUUUUUUUUUGAGAUGAAGUCUCACUGUGUCACCCAGGCUAGUGUGCAGUGGCAUGAACUCUGCUCACUGCAACCUCCACUUCCCAGGUUCAAGUGAUUCUCAUGCCUCAGCCUCCUGAGUAGCUGGGAUUACAGGUGCGUGCCACUACGCCAAGCUGUGUUUUUUUGUUUGUUUGUUUUUGUUUUUUGGUUUUUUUUGUAGUUUUAGUAGAGAUGGGGAUUUCCCUAUGUUGGUUAGGCUGGUCUCGAACUCCUGACCUCAAAUGAUCCACCCACCUCGGCCUCACAAAGUUCUGGGAUUACAGGCAUGAGACACCGUGCCUGGCCAAUAGUCUUUGUCUUUUAACUGGAUUGUUUAUCUCAGUCACAUUUAAUGUAAUGGUUGAUAUGGUUGGGUUUGAACCUACCAUCUGCUAUUUGUUUCCUAUUCGUCUCCUCUGUUCUUUGUAUUCAUUUUCCCUCCUCUUUUUCUGCCUUCUUUUGGAUUAGUUGACUAUUUUGUAUUUCACUUAUCUCUUCUAGACUAUUAUACUUCCUUGUUUUAUCAUUUUAUUAGCUGCAAUAGGGUUUAUGAUAUGCAUAUUUAACUUAUUUAUGAUUGAUUGGAUGUAGAAGGGAUGGGGGGAGAAAGAUUCCAAAAUGACACUGACAUAUGUGGUCUGGGUAACAAGAGGAACCACUCUCUGAGAUGGAGAACUUUGAAGGAAGAUUAGUUUGGGGAGUGAUGAAAGGGCUGAAUGAUGUGGUCAGUUUUGGACAAGUUGCGUUUAAAGUGCUUCUGAGGCAUCCGAGAGGAGAUACCUGGUAGACAUUUCUUUACAAGGUCCAGAACUCAGGGCAGUGUCUGGGGCUGGAGCUGGCUCUAGGGGUGAAGGGCAGAGGGGUGAUUGUUGAAUGAAUGGGAACAUGGUAGUCUGUGGAUGCAGAAUGUGCGAUGGGACAGGAAGAGUACAGGACCAAACCCUGAGGAGCCCCAACAUUUUAGGGACCCAAAUGCAGGACAGUAGAGAUGAAAGGAGAGGCCAGCGAAGCAGCAAAACAAGGAAGUGUGUGUCAUGGAGGCCACACGAGGAAGUGGCUUUGUGGUUACUUCUGGGGCAUUCGCACAAGGAUGUUUCAGGGCAAGGUGCAAGGGGACCUCAAAGAUCAUCUUAAGUUCUGUUCCUUCACUUUCAUGGUGGGUGAAUUGGUGUUCAUUUAGAUCUACUCAACAUCUUAUUAAGACAAUUUUUAAAAAGGACUAGGGACUGGGAGGCCGAGGCGGGCGGAUCAUGAGGUGAGGAGAUCGAGACCAUCCUGGCUAGCACAGUGAAACCCCGUCUCUACUAAAAAAAAAAAUUAGCCGGGUGUGGUGUCGGGUGCCUGUAGUCCCAGCUACUUGGGAGGCCGAGGCAGGAGAAUGGCGUGAACCCGGGAGGCGGAGCUUGAAGUGAGCGGAGAUCACGCCACUGCACUCCAGCCUGGGCAACAGAGCAAGACUCCGUCUCAGAAAAAAAAAAAAAAAAAGGACUAGGGACUUACUGACUUGGCCAAAGGCUGCUGGUGGGUGCAUGGAGGUGCUGCCUGUCAGCUGUGCUCUGGGCUCUAGGGACAUGGGAGUCCAAAGGGCUCUCACCUCCUCAGUGAGAGGUUCUGGUGGGCUGACCAUAGUGGGAUCCAGAUUUCAGCAGGUGGACCCCGGGGGGGCGUGAGGAAAUGGACUCUGUGAGUGGUAACUUCUCUUUCAGAGGAAUUUGCAAGACUGGCCUGAGCAAGCACACAGCUCUUCAGCAGGGCUUGGCAGCCAGCGGGGCCUCGGGAGGAGGCAAACAGCUGAUCAAAUCCGGGCUUCUCCAGAGGAAGAAGGGGAAGAGCAGGUCUGGGGAGGUCAGAGCGUGGGUGAGAACCGUGGCCAUGGGUGGGAUCCACAUCCCAGCCUGCAGGGCCUCCUGGUGAUGGUUCUCCAGAAUUCUGCGAUUGGAGCUGUGCUCACAGAGUCACUGUCCCUGACCUCCCAGGGGCGCGGACAUAACCCAGCCUCAGCUGCAGACAGCAGAGGCUCUGCACAACUGCAGAAGCUGAUCAAUCAGCCUCAUCAGUGGCAAUUCCUGGAACUCCAACCUCAACUGUAACAUGAGCUGUGCAGACCUUCAGUAACCCCAGACGAGGAGUGAGGCAGAGCCUGAUAGCUCAGCUCAGGGACCAGCUGGGAUGCUCAGUAAACAAGAGCUCCAGAAGAUACGCAGAACAGGAGAAGGUGAAGUGUGGGGACAGCAGGCGCUGCAGGCUACCCAGAAGGAGGAGGAGAGGGGACAAGAAACACUGACCAGGCCUUCAAGAUGAGGAGUGAGCAGAGAGGACAGCGGAACAUGGGAAAACCUACCUGGCACUAUGAGGGUGGAGAGGGGAGUGUUGGAGGGUGUGCAUUUGAGUGCAAGUGUGUAAAAGAGGCCCUGGACAAGGAAUGAAGAAUCUCAUCAGAUGGUUAAAGUGAGGGAGCACCAAGUAAACCAUGAGCCAUAAGUAACCAUAAGUCAUGUGGACCCCAACCCUAAUGCUAAUCAUAAACCUAAACCUCGUGUGGCCUGGAACCCUAACCUGAACCCAAAUCCUAACCAUAACCCUAACCAUAACCAUAAAUCAUGUGGACUCCAACCCUAAUGCUAACCAUAACCCUAAAAUUCAGGCAGACCCGAACCUAACUCGAACCCAAACCCUAACGAAAACUCUAACCCUAACCCUAACUCAAUUCAAACCUUAACCCUAACCCUAACCAUAACACUAACUCCACCCUAUUCCGAACCCUAAACCUAAUUAACAAUGCCUCAUAUGGACCCGAACCCUAACCCUAACCGAAACCCUAACCCUAACCCUAACCCUAACUCAACCCAAACCUUAACCCUAACCAUAACACUAACUCCAACUACAACCAUAACCCUAACCAAAACUCUAACCCUAACCCUAACUCAACCCAAACCUUAACCCUAACCAUCACACCAACUACAACCCUAACCCUAUCCCGAGCCCUAAACCUAAUUAACAAUGCCUCAUGUGGGCCCUAACGCUAACCCUAACCAUGCCUCAUAUGGACCCGAAUCCUAACCCUAAUUCCAACCCUAACCCUAAGCCUAACCCUAACUCUAACCCUAGCCAAAACCCUAACACUAACCCUAACUCCAACUCCAACCCAAACCCUAACCCUAAGUCUCAUGUUGACCAUAACCUGGCUCAAACCCUAACCUGAACCCUAACCCUAAGCCUUGUGUUGACCACAGCCUGGCUCUCACCCUAACCCUGACUCUAGUCCUCACCGUAAUUCUACCUCUAGCCUUAAUUCUAACCCUAACUCCAAUCCUAACCCUAAUCCAAAUGCACCCUCUGAUCCAAACAACUCUUCAGCCAAUGUCAGACCUCACCUUAACCCUCACCUUCAUCAUCACCAUUCCAGUUCUCCUCCCUUCAGACUUCCCAGGGACUUGAGCCAGUCCCUGGCCCCCAGGCCUUGGUUUCCCCGCCUGUGCAGCAUGGAUUUGGGGCUGAGGGUACAAAGACUGGCAUCCACCUGAGCCGAUGGAACAGGCCUGCCCCUGGUCCCGAGGAGGCCUCUGCUCUCCCAGUUCUCCCCUUGCCCAUGUGGAAGGGGGCUCAUCCCCCAGCAUGGGUGCUUCCUGGCCGGUGUCCAUCUCUGUGUGAGUUCCUGUAGGGAGGGACCAGGUAGGCGCAGUUGGCAUGGCACCGCCAUGCCCCUGGCUCGGGCUUAUGCGGGCUGACAGUCCUGUCCCUCCACCCAGAGACCCCUCCAAUGAUGUAGCUUAUCAGUGUGUGUGUGUAUGUGCACAUGUGCAUGUGUGUAUGUUGUAUGUGUAUAUAUCUAUGUAUGUAUAUGUAGUAUCUAUAUAUAUGUGUAUGUGUAUAUGUGUAUAUAUGUGUGCAUAUAUAUGCAUUUGUGUGUGCUUGUGUGUAUGCAUGUUUAUGUGUGUAUUUGUAUGUGUAUCUAUGUGUGUUUAUAUGCGAGUGUGCAUGUGUGUAUGCAGUGCUUGUGUGAUGUGUCUGUUUUUAUGUGUGGCUUGUGUAUUUGUAUAUGUGCGUGUGUGUAUGUUUACAUGUGUCUGUGUGUGUAUAUAUGCCUGUGCUUGUGUGUGUGUGUGUGUGUGUGUACACAUACACAUAGACGGGCGAGGGAGAAGCUGUAUUGCACCACCACCCAGGCCCUUCAAGCCCAAGUGCAGUCUCCCCAGGGCUCACGAGGCCCCAGCACGCUGCCCUCCUGCUCAGAUGGUGCCCAAAAGCCCCUUGCCGAGUCCUCUCUAAGCCUCAUGUAGGCCCGUGAGUCCCUUCUCCGUCUGUUUCCCCUGCCUGUGAUGCUUAGGGAUCGUUCAUUUCAGGGCCAGUGAGGAAACCCCAUCUUCUCCUGUACUGCCAUGGAGUUAAAGGAGAAGGCCACAACACACUCCCACGUUUUCUACAGACUAGCAGUGGGGUGUUUGGCCACCUUUGGUUUUGACCUUUUAUUUUGGAAAUGUUCAAACGGACUGAAAUAAGCAGAAGUGUAAUAACCCCUUGUGCCCAUCACCCCACCUUUGGCAAGAGCCAAAGAGUCACAGCUGAUGUUGCUUCACCACACUCCAUCUGUGGGCUCAAAAUGUUUUGAGAUAAGUGCCAGACAUCAUAUCCUUCUAUCUACAAAAAAUGCCACAUGAAUAAAAGAUAAGGACUUUUAAAAACACAUGACCACAGUAAGCAUUAUCACAUCUAGCCAAGAAAUGAACCUUUCCUUAAUUGCAACAAACAGGAGUUAACUUUUACAUUUUCUCUACUUCUACAAUUUUUUAGAGAACAGUAAGGUAGACUUUAUUCAACGGAGGCUACCACAAUGGAGUUUUGCAGCAGGGAAGGGAGAUGAGGCUCAAUUCCCACCUUAUACAUAUUUAAAAGGAGCUUAUUUGGUUGAAUUAGAUCUGAGGAGUCUGGCUGCAGGCCAAAAUCCUCUGUGUGAUCAUUCAGGCCCAACCGCAGAUGUUGCCAGCAGGUCCCACAGGAGAAGCAGCCCUCCUGCCCCAGACAGCACUUUCCACUCUUAGCCUCCUCCACGGUUCCCCAGGCCAGAUCCUUUUGUUUGAGCCUUCUGUUUCGCCUCCUUGGUAGUGAGAUCAUCUCCCCAUCUGUCUGAUGUCAUCCAGGGGGCAAAAAUGGGACGUAGAGGAGCCGGCACCUUUUUCCUUCUGUUUGCCUCUUGCCUGCACUAUUGCAGCAGUCGUGAAUACAGGCCUGAGGGUGACCUUCCAUUGGGCUCGUGGUCCCAACCUCGACAGCAGUGGCUCCACAGGAUGCACACGAGGUCCCCGCAAUCCCGGCCGACAUACCUGUUGGGUUCUUAGUUGGCAGCUUCCUCCUCCGUCUCUCCAUUCCCCUCCUAGGUCUCUUGCCCUGUGCAGCUUCCUGCAGACUGGACUUGCAAAGUCCAGCCUGUAUGGCUGGAGUUCCCAUGCCUGCCAAUCUCCUGUCGACUGCAAGUCAGCUCCGAUACUUCACCAGAUUCAGCCACCUGGGGGAGCUGGAAGUGAAUCUCCUCUUAGCGGAGCCUUCUGAUGAGACUGCAGCCCCAGCUGACACCUGGAUUGCAGACUCGUGAAAGACCUGAAACUCUACCAACAGCCACCUGGGGGAGCUGGAAGUGAAUCUCGUCUUAGCUGAGCCUUCUGAUGAGACUGCAGCCCUGGCUGACACCUGGAUUGCAGACUCAUGAAAGACCUGAAACUCUACCAACAGCCACCUGGGGGAGCUGGAAGUGAAUCUCCUCGUAGCUGAGCCUUCUGAUGAGACUGCAGCCCCGGCUGACACCUGGAUUGCAGACUCAUGAAAGACCCUAAGCAGAGGACCCAGUUUGGCAAAGCCCGAAUUCCCGACGCACAGGAACUGGGAGAUAAAACUCUGUGGUUUUAAUCUUCUCAUUUUAGAGGCUAUAUGGAUAUACAUCCAAAUGACUGGAUUUUAAAAUCACUUGGAAGAGUUUGUGCCCAGUGUCCUGUGGUGUGAACACGCUUCAUUCAACCUGGGCCCUUGGGAGAGAUGCUGAGUGGUUCCCGGGCUGUCCCCACUCCACACCGUGGCAGUGAAGAGCUGCUGAAGUACAUGCUUCAUAGUCCUUGCGUCUCUCUGACCAUGAAUGGCACCUACAACACCUGUGGCUCCAGCGACCUCACCUGGCCCCCAACGAUCAAGCUCGGCUUCUACGCCUACUUGGGCGUCCUGCUGGUGCUGGGCCUGCUGCUCAACAGCCUGGCACUCUGGGUGUUCUGCUGCCGCAUGCAGCAGUGGACGGAGACCCGCAUCUACAUGACCAACCUGGCGGUGGCCGACCUCUGCCUGCUGUGCACCUUGCCCUUCGUGCUGCACUCCCUGCGAGACACCUCAGACACGCCGCUGUGCCAGCUCUCCCAGGGCAUCUACCUGACCAACAGGUACAUGAGCAUCAGCCUGGUCACGGCCAUCGCCGUGGACCGCUAUGUGGCCGUGCGGCACCCGCUGCGUGCCCGCGGGCUGCGGUCGCCCAGGCAGGCUGCAGCCGUGUGCGCGGUCCUCUGGGUGCUGGUCAUCAGCUCCCUGGUGGCUCGCUGGUUCCUGGGGAUGCAGGAGGGCGGCUUCUGCUUCAGGAGCACCCGGCACAAUUUCAACUCCAUGGCGUUCCCGCUGCUGGGAUUCUACCUGCCCCUGGCCGUGGUGGUCUUCUGCUCCCUGAAAGUGGUGACUGCCCUGGCCCAGAGGCCACCCACCGACGUGGGGCAGGCAGAGGCCACCCGCAAGGCUGCCCGCAUGGUCUGGGCCAACCUCGUGGUGUUUGUGGUCUGCUUCCUGCCCCUGCACGUGGGGCUGACAGUGCGCCUCGCUGUGGGCUGGAACGCCUGUGCCCUCCUGGAGACGAUCCGUCGUGCCCUGUACAUAACCAGCAAGCUCUCAGAUGCCAACUGCUGCCUGGACGCCAUCUGCUACUACUACACGGCCAAGGAGUUCCAGGAGGCGUCUGCACUGGCCGUGGCUCCCAGUGCUAAGGCCCACAAAAGCCAGGACUCUCUGUGUGUGACCCUCGCCUAGGAGGCGUGCCGUGGGCGCUGUGGGCCAGGUGUCGGGGGCUCCGGGAGGUGCUGCCUGCCAGGGAAAGCUGGAACCAGUAGCAAGGAGCCCGGGAUCAGCCCUGAACUCACCGUGUAUUCUCUUGGAGCCUUGGGUGGGCAGGGACGGCCCAGGUACCUGCUCUCUUGGGAAGAGAGAGGGACAGGGACAAUGGCAAGAGGACUGAGGCCAGAGCAAGGCCAAUGUCAGAGACCCCCGGGAUGGGGCCUCACACUUGCCACCCCCAGAACCAGCUCACCUGGCCAGAGUGGGUUCCUGCUGGCCAGGGUGCAGCCUUGAUGACACCUGCUGCUGCCCCUCGGGGCUGGAAUAAAACUCCCCACCCAGAGUCAGUCCUAGUGGGGCCCUCUGUGUUUCCCACUCAUGUGGUGGGAGGCAGGGAGGGAGCGCGUGGCUCGGAGGGCUGGCGGACAUCUUCCAGGGACCCUUUGGGGCUCUUCACUUUGAGGUCCCUCUUGGACCCUUUCACCCCUUCCCACCCCCACCCACCUGGAGUGUGAGCAGGGGCUGUUGGAAGCUCCUGGCAGGACCACAGUAGAGGCCCCCAGCCCAGGUUUCCUUGCUCAAGACAGGGCUGGGAGCGGCUGAUCUCCAUGUAGGGGCUGCACAGCGGUGCAAGGGGGGGUGACCAAGGUCAAGCAGGUGAGGGUGGGUUGGGGUGGGUGGCAGUGAAGGGGGUGGCCAGGGUCUGUCAAGGAACCCAGCCCUCUUCUCCUUCCUUCAGGGAAAGGCUGGAAACCAUGUCUGGCAGGGGCAGGGGUUGGGUGCCCACCCAGGUAAAGGCGCAAUGUCCUGCUGGUUUCUGCCUCUCCUGUACUCCUGCAUGGAGGGCAUCUCGAAACCCAAGCUGGAAGGACGGGGCACUCCAGAGACCUCCUGUGAGUGUGGGCCAGCACGGCCCGGGCUCAAACCCCAUCCUGUCAUCCCAUAUUGCAUGUCCACAGGCACCGCCCCACCCUGUUCCAUGUUCCACAGGACUGGAGAGAGAUGGCAGUCAUGUUCUUGCAGGGACACAGCACAAGCAUGCAGCUGAUGGCAUCUCACAGGACCCCAGGCUCCGGAGGGCCCAUGCCCAGGAGAGCCCCAUAAGGGCUCUGUGCCUAAAAGGGUGCAUGCCCAGGUGGGCCCAUGCCCAGGAAGGUCCAUGUCUAGGGGGGUUCCGUGCCCAGGAAGGUCCAUGCCCAGGAUGGUCCAUGAGCAGAAGGGCCUCAUUCCCAGGAGGGUCCUGUGCCCAGGAGGGCUCUAUGCCCAAAAGGGUCCCAUGUCCGGGAGGGUCCAUACGCAAGGGUGUCCAUGCCUGGUUGGGGGAGUCUAUGUCCAGGAGGGUCCCAUGCCUGGAAGGGUCCAUGCUCAGGAGGGUUCAUGCCCAGGAGAGUUUAUGCCCUGGAGGGCCCCAUGCCCGGGAGAGUCAUGUGCACAGAGGGCCCUGUGCUCAGGAGGAUACAUGUCCAGGAGUGUCCCUGUCCAGGAGGCUCCAUGCCCAGGAGGCUCCAUGUCAAGAAAGAUUCAUGCCUAGGAGGGUUCACGCCCAGGAGUGUCCCUACCUAGGAAGGUCCAUUACCAGAAGGGCCCAUGUCAAGGAGGGUUCAUGCCCAGGAAGGUCCAGCCCAGGAGGGUCCAUGUCAAGGAGGUUCCAUGCCCAGGAGGGUCCAUGCUGAGGUGGGUCCAUGCCCAGGAGGGUUCAUGUCCAGAAAGGUCCAUGCCUAGGAGGGCCCAUACACAACAGAGCCCUGUGCCCAGGAAGGACCAUGUCAAGGAGAACCCCAUGCCCAUGAGGGUCCAUGCCCAGUAAGGGCCAUGCCCAUGAGAUCCUCAUGCCCAGGAAGGCCCAUGCCCAGGAGGGUCCAUGCCCAGGCCAGUUCAUGCACAGGAGGGCCCCAUGCCUAAAAGUGUCCAUGCCCAGGAAGGUCCAUGUCCAGAAGAGUCCAUACCCAGGAGGGUUGAUAUGGUUAGGCUUUGUGUCUCCACCCAAAUCUCAUCUUGAAUUGUAAUCCCUAUAAUAACCAUAGUCCCCAUGUGUCAAGGGAGAGACCAGGUGGAGGCAAUUGGAUCAUGGGGGCUGUUUCCCACAUGCUGUUCUCGUGAUACUGAGUGAGUUCUCAUGAGAUCUGAUGGUUUUAUAAGGGGCUCUUCCCUUCACUUCUCCUUCCUACUGUCUUAUGAAGAAGUUUCCUUGCUUCCCCUUUACCUUCUGCCAUGAUUGUAAGUUUCCUGAGGCCUCCCUAGCCAUGCUGAAGUGUGAGUCAAUUAAACCUCUUUCCUUUAAAAUUA